UGCAAUUGUGAGGAGAGGAGCUCAAACGGUGCAUUGCCGCAUAGGCGUAACGCGAGAGUUAGUCUAGGGCGCGGGUGGUGGCGUAAGCACGUCGUCGCCGAGGCAAACAGGAGAGCAUGUCAACAUUGUCAAUAAGCUACUGCAACUCGUCAACGCAGCAGCAGCAGCGUGAACGAUAGCGGAACGACGAGGUAUGGUGUUCAGUGGCGUGCGAGCUGACGCCGAGGUCACUCUGCUGGGCACAGACUCCGGUCAACAUCACAGCAUGAUAUACAAGACCGGGCGAUCUUGCUUCAGGGCACUCUAUCUCUUGUGCCUCAGCAGGACGAUACUCGUCCUUGGCUUCCUCUUUGUUUUCUGGCAGAGUUACACUAAUUUCAAGGCCCAGGAAGAAUUGUGUCGUAUGACAAAAGAAUCUCUGGAAGCAAUAAGGGCAGCUUCGAUAGCUUGUAAAAAUAUACAUGAACCAGUGCAUGUACCCGUUCCUACCAGUGCCAGAAUAUGCGAUGCUGUUUUAGAGUACACCAAAAUAGGAAAUGCACCAAGCGACUAUCCAACCAUUUACGCAAUAACACCAACUUUUGCGAGACCAGUGCAAAAAGCUGAACUCACCAGGUUAUCCCAAACAUUUUUGCUUGCGCCAAAUUUUCAUUGGAUCGUUGUAGAGGACUCUCCAAACAAAACUCCACUGGUGACAAAUUUCCUUGCUCAGAGCGGUCUUACUUAUACUCACCUUCACGCGCCUACGCCAUCAAAUUACAAGCUUGGUAAAAAUGAUCCGAAUUGGAAGCAGCCAAGGGGAGUAGAACAGCGAAAUGCAGCUCUCAGGUGGAUCAGGGCUAAUCUUAAUGAGAGCCACAAUGGUGUUGUGUACUUUGCGGAUGACGAUAAUACGUACUCUCGUCAUCUAUUCCAAGAGAUAAUGAAAGUAAAAAGAGUUGGUGUUUGGCCAGUUGGUCUUGUUGGUGGUCUAAUGGUUGAAAGGCCCAUUUGUGAUAAAGUUACAACCAAAGUGACAGGUUUCAAUGCAGCAUGGAAACCCGACAGACCGUUUCCCAUUGACAUGGCUGGUUUUGCAAUUAAUGUAAAAGUAAUUCUAGAGAAAAAAGAUGCUGAAUUCACAUAUGAUACUCAAAGUGGCCUUCAAGAAAGCAAGAUCCUUCAGCAAGUGACAACCAGGAAGGAAUUGGAGGGCUUGGCUGAUGGUUGUACAAAGGUGUAUGUCUGGCAUACGCGAACGAGCACUCCCGCGCUCAAUGCCGAAAAGAAUUUAAAGAAAAUGGGAAAAUCCUCCAAUGCAGGAAUUGAAGUGUGAUAUUCCGUCCAGAUGAUUGAGCGAUGGAAUUAAUAAGCACACAUGCGGAAUCGAGCGUUUACGUCUUCGAGACUUGCCAUAUCAAAUCUAGUAGAUUACACGCAGUGCCAGUGGUACUUUUAAUCUUCUUCCCAAAGCACGUUCGCCAAAAUAAAAACACGCUUCUUCGAGACUCGUGCCGCUUUCGUGUCGAUGUUUUGGACAAAAAGAUGAGCAUGGGUGCUGAUUGACGAUCACUUUUAUAGAGAAAUAAAAAAUACACGCAAGUAUUUCUUGAACAGACUGAUGACUAAUGAUACCGAGCGAGAAUUGUGUAAUUAAAGUGCCACCCUGAACCGCACAGGGUAAAUGAUUUUAGGACUUGAAUCUCGAAUUAAGGAUAGGUGUGAGAAUGUAACGCUUUACCCCUCGUACGCUGAUGAUAUUUCGACAAAACUCGUGUGUGAUAUCGUGAUGGUAUGUAUUACAUGAGAAGAAAGUGCGACAGGUUCGCACUUCUUAUUAUCAGUUCUGCAUACUGAUGUUCCACUUAUUUGUGUGUAAAGCUUUGUUUUGUCUAUUCUAUUUAAUAAAAUUUCAAUGGAAUGAUAGUACUAA